AUGAUAUCACAGCUCCUUCCCGUCUACGGGAUGGAAGCAGCCAUGUGCUUAAACAAAAUUACCCCUUUUGGCAAGCUCACGGGUGACAAACAAUCCAGAAGCUCGUCACAAUGUUUCGAGGAAGUCCACAUCAAUUUGUUUGUCCUUGAUAGACUAUGUGCCGACUUGCUGGAUGGAGCGAGUUAUACUUGGGAACACGCGUCUAGCGGUGAGCUCCCCCAAACGGCUCAGGUGCACCGUUGGGACGCUCUGCACAACUCGACUCUUCCGAAGGAGACCACCCCACCAGGAACCGCUAGAAGACUAAGGGCGCUUCUCUACAUCAUAGCGCUUGUAGAGACAUCGACGUGCCUCCCAAACCGCAUACUCGGGACCUCCAAUUACACUGUCUACAAAGAAUUCUCAGGCCUCAUUCCUGUGUUGGACUCAAUGGCAGGCGUGCAGUCGAGAGUCGAGCUCAUACCCUGGGAUUUCACUUCCGAGGAGCACCAGCAGCGCAUGUAUCUGCAACGACUAGCUUGUGGAUGGAGGAGCGACGAGAUCCAGAAGUGGGUUGAUCUUGGAAGGGCUGGUAAUAAAACUCUUUACUGGAUUGUGCUGGUCGGGGAUCUGCCAGACCGAGAGAAGCUCAGCUCUCAACACAUUGCUGAAUAUCCACAGCCGCGCACGCCCAGCAACCGCGUUUUCGUCCCUGUCGGACACGUUGCUCUUGACCUACGCCCCGAAGAAAACGACCACCUCAACCUGACCGAAGACGGCAUCGUGUGGGUUGCGGGGCUUUACGUCUCCUGGACUCUACAGCGAUACGGUGUCGGACGGGAGGUGAUGCGUCUUGUCGAGCAUCUCGCCUCUCUGGAGCCGCUAAAUGCGAAGUGGAUUGUCCUAGACACUAUGCCUCGAGACCAGCAGAUGAAGCCAGAAUUCAUCCAAAAGGUGUAUUUGGCACAGGGAAAGCCGGCUCCAGCUAUUCCGAUACAGGACUGGUAUGAGAGACAAGGAUACGAGGCCUUUGCGAAGGACGUUGCUGCAUAUAAAUGGGCGAAUCCGGUCACAGGGGAUACCGAGGAUUUCGAUUAUCUGUUCUUGAGAAAGAAGUUGAGGUAA